AUGGCACCGACACCCAUGGCGACCGCCGCGCCUGCUGCUGGGCAGCCUCCGCCCCAGCCCCAGCCCCAGCCCCAGCCAGCCAAAGUGCUCAAGUACUGCUCCGACCUAGAGGGCCCCAUUCAGACCGCAGUCAGCCGGGAGCCCCGUGCCCCAGUGCACCGUGUGGAGUGGCGCAAGUGUUGGCAGCCCCGGCGGUUAGGUGGAAGCACCGGGACUGAGCUUAUAAGGGGAGGAUGGGAAGGGGCGCAGAGGAAGGGGGUGAUGAGCGGGGACCCUGUGGAGAUCAACCCCUCCAUCGGCAGCGGGUACAAGGUGAUGUCUGUCGGCGAGUGGAGCUCCCGCUGGAAGCGCAAUGACGACUUCCCCGCAUGCCUAGCUGAGGAAUGCGGUAGCUCCGACACGCGGGAACAUUACUUCACACAAACUUGGUGCAGAGGCAAGCGGGUCUGGGCCAGCGAGUCGCUGUGCAUGUCCUGCCACCGCUUUUCAUGGAGGUCGUAUCGCGAUCCGGACUUCAAGACGCCCGAGCAGUACGAGAAAGAGGUAUGGGAGGCCGUCGGGGCCGCCGGCGGACGGCCAUGA